GAUCACCUUGACCCUCAUCCUCUACAUUUCCAUUUUCAGGGUUCUUUCUAUGCUUUUUACUUAACCACAUUCUACUCCGCCGUUACCCAAAGCCAUUGCCGCCGGGUCCAAAACAAUGGCUGAUAAUCGGAAAUCUUCCUCUAAUCGGCCCGAAACCUCACCAAUCCAUUGCGGGCUUGGCCACCAUCUACGGCCUCCUCAUACACAUCAAAUUGGGCUUCCGACAUGUUUCUUAAGGUCCACAAUACCAAUUUUUCCUGUCGGCCACCCAAUUCCGGCGCCCAGUACCUUGCUUAUAACUAUCAUGACCUGGCCUUUGCACCCUAUGGCCCCUGGUGGCGCAUGCUGCGAAAAAUUUGCGUAGUUCAUCUUUUUUCCACCAAGGCUUUGGAUGAUUUCCGCCAUAUUCGACAGGAAGAAGUAUCUAUUCUUGCAUACGCUUUAGUGCAGGGUAGAAGGCCAAUUACUCAAUGUGUGCACCACCAAUGUGUGGUGCUCGACCGACGCGUGCUGGGGGAUGGGACCGGUGGUCGAGAUGCAAAGUCCGAGGAAUUCAAAACGAUGGUGAUGGAGUUGAUGGUUCUUGCAAGUGAACUUAGCUGAUUGUAACCCACGUUUCAAAAAAGUGACAAACACGUAAAAAAGUGACAAAAAACCAAUCAAAACCAACACCUGUCACUCAAAAAAGUGACAGAAAUUUUUUAAAAGUAACAAACAAUAAAA